UACAGGCGCCAAACAGAAGGAUUCAAAUAGGGAAACCGGUUGGCGCUGGUUCUUCUCCUAGAGAAAGAGAGAUCAGGCGAUUUUAGGGGAGGGCUGGGAGUCCUGCUUUAAACUCUGGAGGGCCAAUUAGGAAAUUAGCCAGAGUGGGCGCGGUGCUUGCGUCCCGCCCACCCGCGCCUCUGUGAAAGUCCCCGCGGUGCUGCGACCCGCCUGCUUGGACACGUCUGCUGCCUUACUCCUGCAGGGAUCCACGAUUCCAGAUCAAAAUUGGAAAAAAAUGGUUCACGUCACCCAACUAAUGGAAAAUGAAGUAUUCAUGGCCUUUGCCUCCUAUACAACGAUUGUUCUUUCAAAAAUGAUGCUUAUGAGCACUAUCACUGCGUUCUAUAGAAUAACAAGAAAGGUUUUUGCCAAUCUCGAAGACUGUGGCAAAGGAGAAAAUGCCAAGAAGUAUCUUCGGGUAGAUGACAGAGUGGAACGUGUACGAAGGGCCCACCUGAAUGACCUUGAAAAUAUUGUGCCAUUUGUUGGUAUUGGCCUUUUGUAUUCCUUAAGUGGCCCAGACCUCUCUACAGCCAUCAUGCACUUCAGACUCUUUGUCGGAGCACGGAUCUACCACACCAUUGCAUAUUUGCUACCUCUUCCCCAGCCAAAUCGAGCUUUGGCUUUUUUUACUGGAUAUGGAGUUACUUUUUCAAUGGCUUUCAGGUUGUUGAAGAGCAGAUUGUACCUUUAAGGAGAAUCAUACAACUCAUCAUCCAGUUAUUUUCUAAGAAUUCUGUACUUUCAAUUUAUAAUGAAUACUUUUUAAGAUUUUAAGUGGGAGGGAACAGAGAUUAAGAUGGGGAAAACCUAGUCUGAAUAUUAACAUCACCAGUGUCCUUUAUUCUUGUUAUAUUUGCACUGGAAAUUUAACAUAAUUCUUAAGUCUUUUGUCUUAUUCUUAAAGUAAUUUGUUGUAAAUUCUGAUUAUAAUUUGUAACAUUCAACAUUUCAUAUUUUAAAUCCAUAAAAAGUGAGUACAUGUAUGAGAAACCUGUAUUUCAAUAUUGCUGACAUGGGCAUAUGAAAUAAAGAUUUUAAAGAAUAA